CGACACUCCGGAAGUGAUUGGCGAAGGGGUAGAGAAAGAGAAAGGGGGAGAGAAGGAGAGAGGGAGAGAGAGAAAGAGAGAGAACCCUUACCCUGAGUAACGAUUAGAUACACUCCGAAUCCUCAAUUUGAAGUUCUGUAACGGGGUCGCCGUAGGGGGGCACCCACGGAUAUCCAGAUAUUACAACGAAAACAGAAUCAACGCAGACGCGAGCCAUACUUGAUCGUCGCGAUAAGUGCGUUGUUUCGAUAAACCUGUUCCCUCGUGUUUACAAUCUUUCUUCGUGGAACUAAUCAAUGUUAUGAUUUCAAAUCCUCCUAAGCGGUUGUGAAACAUCGAUAGCGAUCCCUCGCAUUUCUAAUCAGCUCGGUUAAAAGGAUCGUCGUGGCGUACGUGAGAGUCCAGUUUAUGUAGAUAUACUUUAUCGUGUCUCGUUGCGUGUUACUUUAAAAUUGUCGUUCCCUGUUACUGAAAAUGGCGAAUUACACGAAUCGCCAGUAUUCCUACGGCAACUCCGUAUAUCCAUGCACAGAUGACAAGAAGUGAACUUUCCAACAAUUCUGAUGCGGAAGAACUUUAUUGAGGCCAACUAACAAAACAAUUUCAUACCGUCAAAGAUGGAUGCAACAAUUGAGAGAGAGUGUAGUGCUUUGGGUGGCCUCUUUCAACAGAUUAUUACCGAUAUGAAGAAUGGAGCACCAUUAUGGGAAGAUUUAAUCUCUAAAGCAACGAAAUUACAUUCCUGCUUAAGAGCUGCUAUUUUAGCUGUUUCAGCGUAUCUUGAAACUUUUCAAAAAAUUGCUGAUGCUGCAACUAAUGCAAGAGGCGCAACAAAAGAAAUUGGGACUGCUUUAACUCGGAUAUGUCUUAGACAUAAAGCUGUAGAGACACGUAUGAAAUCCUUUACCAGUGCUAUUAUGGAUUGCUUGGUCUUGCCACUCCAAGAGAAAUUAGAAGAUUGGAAAAAAUCUUUAAUAAAUUUAGAUAAAGAACAUGCCAAAGAAUAUAAGAAAGCAAGAGCAGAACUGAAGAAGCGAUCUACAGAUACAUUACGAUUACAAAAGAAAAAGGCACGUAAAGGACAGCAUUUACAUGGGCAAGGACAACCACAAAGUCAUGGAACUUUGACAGGUGAUGUUGAAUUUAAUCGAAUGCUAGAAUCUUCUGCUGCAGUUGUCCAAGAAAAACGCCUAAGUUUAGAAGAAACAGAAAGAAGAGCCGUUCGCGCAGCUCUGCUCGAAGAAAGAGGGAGAUUUUGUCUUCUUGCCAGAUUUUUAAAACCAGUGCUUGAUGAGGAAAUUGCGAUGCUAAUGGAACUGACACACCUUCAAGAAGUUUCCGAUCAGUUACAACGACAUGCUGCCUCCCCACAUCAUUUACCACCUGCAUCAGAACAAGUGAUAACAGAUAUAAAAGGUUGCGACGUUACACAAUGGUCACUAGCUACGCCUCCUUCCAGUCCUUCUCUGUCUCUCGGAUCGAGGAAAAGUUCAAUGUGUUCAAUCAGUUCUUUAACUAGUAGUAGCAGUGGUUCUUGCAAAAGUCAUCCCAGCCCAUCUGGACAUCCUUGGCAUAGAUCACUUUCUCAGUCUGUCGGUGUCAGGCCCUCCAGCAUCAGUGGUAUGAUGACGCUGCGCCACUUGGCAAACGGUAGUUCCCGUGACUCUGGCUUCACUUCACAGGAUACAUUAUAUACACAACCAAUUUCUGAACAUCAGGUAUCAAAUGUGUCUUCUCAAAAUAAUCAAAAUACUGGUUGUACAACAACAAGACCUGUAACCACUGCUACUUGGCCUGACUUACAGGAAACAUCAGUUCAAUACGAUAGGCAAAAUCAGAACUCGAUCAACGAACGGCCGCAUACAAUUUCUUCCGCUUAUGAGAAAGGCCAUCAAAGACCAGCUCUCAGCGUUUACACAUUCCAAGCUCCAGACAAUAGCGGUUGUUGUCAUAGUCAACCAGCUUCUCCAGUCUCUUCUUCCUCGUCGUGUUCUUCCUCAAAUCAACAAGCAUCUAGAGUACAAUUACGUAGGAAUAAUGGUAGUAAUCGUCCUCCUAUACCGAACAGGUGUUCUAGUUUAGAACGACCGACAGUUCCGUUAAAGAAUGAGCCUCCCGGAAGCCCUCGAGGUAAACCCAAAUUACCGCUUCCAGCCCAUUUAGCAAAAGAAUUAGCAACUCACCAGCUUCAGCAACCGAUGUACGUGAACAUGCAUGAAUUAGCAAAUUUAGCAGCAAGUCGUGCUCAAGAAAUGCAGCUACCUUUGCCUCCACCUCCUGCGUCGUUAACUGUGUCGGGGACUGAAAAGAUUGAAGUGACAGAAAAGGACGGUGGAAGCCAAACGUCAGAGUCUAGCGCGGAAUCUAGCAGUGGCUAUGGAAGUCAGACUACUAUACCGCAUUCUCAUUCGCUUCAGAAUCAAAAUGAGAAUGCUUGGAAUGUACCUGGUGCUGCGUCUACCUUAAUGGUUCGCAGAGGAUCGAUACAACAAGCAAACAAACCUCCUCCGCCUACAAGACGCACAUCUACAAUCAUAACUGCUACAUUCAGCAAUCCUGUAUCAGGUUCUAGCGAUGAACGUACUGACAAUGUUUGCGAUGAAGCUGAAAAUCUUCCGCCACCGCCAGCAUUCUUAUUAGAAGGUUCUUCGCCUACUGCCAGUCCUACUCCUCAGCGGUCCGUCUCUGUGUCAGAAACAGUAAGGACUCUUACAGAACUGCGUCAUACUCCUGCCAGUCCUUCUCUUUUACGGAAGGCUACGAAUCAGACACAGUCUCAUAACAAUCAGACUGGCGCGUUACAACACAAUACCGUAUUACAAGUUACUCGGUCUUCUGUCGAACGUUCGUGUGCAGCGAUUCGUUCGACAUCCCAAGAACGUGGAUCGGUCACUACGCAAAUGAGUACGAUCAGCGCGGGUGUAAAUAUUCAAGGUCAAGGUCCAGGAGGAGUGGGUCAGAGCUUUAUGGCAGUACUUAGCGCUAAACUUAUUAACAGUACAACAGGUAAUAAUGCUACGGGCGGCAAUAACUCUAAUAGCAGUCCUAAAUCUUCAAGGAAGCACUCUAUUGAUCAGCAAAUAACGAAAAACACUAAAACGCCAAGCGGUUUUCUUGAAACUUUAAAUGCUAAAUUGGCGCAACAACAACAAAAUAUACAAGGGAAUAUGUCAAGUAAAUCGGCAAGCGUGAGACGUAUUAUGGGUAAUCGCGUACCUAUUAUGGAUCCGUUGCAAGUUAGAGAUUCUCUCAUGGAUCAAAUACGGAGGGGGACUUCUUUGAGAAAAACCAGCGGACCCAUUAAUGAUCGUUCGGCACCUAAAAUCUACUGAAGACUAUAAUGCUAAUGUUCACGUGAGUUCCUCUAUUAUCUCUGAUGCAUUUAAGUUGUAUUAACGAUUACUAUAGCAAUCGCUGGUCAUCGAAUACGAUAAACGUAUAUUUAUGUCGUCAAACAAAAUGACGUUUGUCACUUGUUGGUCGUUCAUGUACAUUCAUGAAUGUACAUUUGAUAAUCGGAAUCAAUAUAGAUUGACUUUUUUUGCACUUAAAGCGCAUUAACAUCGAAAGUAACAGAGCAAAGUGAAUUGUUUUACGUGACUUCUUUGAUACCGUCACUGAUUUCAUUCAAAAUUGCGUAGAAGAGGCACGCUCUAUAUUAAAUCCAUCCUUAACAUACAAUAUUUUAGUGCGUAUCAUAGUAUAUAAAUUAAAUCAGAGCGAGAAUAACAUGUCUCAUCUUAAUUAUUCGAUUAGAGCUUGAUCUUAUUGUACUGUAGAAUUUGGAUAAUUAAUAAGAUUCAAGUAAUAUAUAUAUAAUAUAAUAUAAUAUAUAUUAUACAUUAUAUUAUAAUAUGUAUGUAUAUUUAAAAUGUAUCAAAGUAGCAUGUACUAAUAUAUAUAUUAUUUCAACUCCACUUAGUUCGAGUUGAUGUAUAAUUAUACUAAUGCCUGAUGCCUGCCCGAACUGCGGUAAGCCCGACUGAUUUAAUAUCAUAAUAAUGAUUUAAUACUUUAUAUUUUAAUAAUUAUAAAAACGAAAAAAAACGAAAAGAGAAACAAAAUCCACAUAUAAUUUAAUAUAGAGCUCGUGUCUUGAUAUGUCGUUAUCUUGCGUAUAGUUAUUAUUAAUUUUGUUUCCUGCAUUACCUGUCUUUCAUUUUCAUAUGAAGCGCACAAUCACAUUUGUCUCUAUUUCAAACUGCCUUUAUUUUGUCGUAUAUUCCUUGUAAACAAUUUUCAGUAGUGUCUCUUCGAAGUAACACUAUUGCAUUUGGUAUAACAGAAUUAAACAUAAAUACUAAUGACCAUUACUGCCCAGGUGGAACGUAGUUUUAGAAUUUGUCUUUGCGUUGGUCACGUUAUUUGAUGGACAUGCAUUUAUUUUAAUGUUCGUUUACUGACGUAAUGGUGUAUGACAUUGUAAUAUUUCAGUUUAUUAGUACAGUAUUUCUCCUGUAAUCUCGCGUUCCUGCGUCUCCUUUAUCGUCUUCUCAUUUCAUUAUCAUUUUCAAGGAGUAAUUGCGAUGAACUAUUGUAAGUCAAUGGCGAGUUGUUUCGUUUGAAACCUUGAGCGUUUUGUUAGAUCUUUCAAAUUUCACAAACACACGAUUAAAAUGCUC